UUUCAAACUCAGAGGUAUCAGUUUUUAUCUAUGUCUUGACACUAGUAAUAGUAUUAUUACAUGACAAAAAAUUUUUUUAGUUAAAAGGAAGUUACAAAAGGAUUAAGAGAAAUGGACUUAAUAAAUUGAGGAGUGGGAAAGGACAGAUCAAAUAUUUGCUACAAUAACCAUGUCCACCAAUGCAAUGUCAGGUCACACAGCUUGCAAACUUACCACAGACAGUGAAGAACAAAGUGAGGAUGACAUAAGUGCACCUCAAUCAAAUUGUCUGACCAACGUGAAUAACAGCAACAACAAUGAAGAGGAAAAAAAGAAAAAGAAAAAGGAGAAGAAAGACAAGAAGGAGAAGAAAGAAAAAAAGAAAAAGGAGAAGGAAGAAAAAGAAGCAAGAGAAAAGGAACAAGAAAGAGAAAAAGAGAAAGAAAAGGAGAAAGAAAAAGAAAAAGAAAAGGAAAAGGCAAAGGCAAAGGAAAAGGACAAAGACAAGCCCAAGGAAAUAUUCGUUAUUAAUCCUGCAGGGAAUUUGUAUUACAACUGGCUUUUCAUCAUUGCAAUGCCAGUCAUGUAUAAUUGGACGAUGAUAAUAGCCAGGGCAUGCUUUGAGGAGCUGCAACAGGACUACCUUCUCUAUUGGGUUUUGUUGGACUACAGCUCUGAUCUAAUUUACCUGAUGGACAUGUUCGUCAGAACCAGAACAGGGUAUCUUGAGCAAGGCCUGAUGGUGAAAGAUAUGAAGUUGCUUCGAGAUAACUACGUUAAUAGCUUCCAGUUUCGCCUCGAUGUUCUCUCCAUGCUGCCGACAGACCUACUUUAUUUCGUCUUUGGCCUUCACUACCCCGAGAUCCGUAUAAACAAGCUGCUGAGAAUUGGCCGAAUGAUGGAGUUCUUCACAAGGACGGAGACUAAAACCAAUUAUCCAAACAUCUUCCGCAUUGGGAACCUAAUUAUGUACAUUCUCAUUAUCAUCCACUGGAAUGCAUGCUUCUACUUUUCAUUCUCUAAGUUGAUUGGUUUUGGUGCUGAUGACUGGGUCUACCCAGCUCUCGAUGAUCCAGAGGAGCCUGAGUUUGGGCAGCCGAUGAGAAAAUAUGCCUUCAGCCUUUAUUGGUCCACACUGACUCUGACCACCAUUGGUGAAACUCCACCACCUGCUCUUGACUCAGAGUUUCUCUUUCAUGUGGUCGACUUCUUAGUUGGAGUAUUGAUCUUUGCUACCAUUGUGGGAAACAUUGCCACCAUGAUUUCCAACAUGAAUGCUGCACAGGCCCAGUUUCAGGCCCGUAUUGACAACAUCAAACAAUACAUGCAGGUUCGAAAAGUCAGCAAAGAACUUGAGCUAAGAGUUAUUAAGUGGUUUGACUACCUGUGGAAUAACGGCAAGGCGCAGAAUGAGAGGGAGGUGCUGAGAUAUCUUCCUGACAAGCUACGAGCGGAAAUAGCCAUCCAAGUUCACAUGGACACCUUGAAGAAAGUUCGAAUUUUUGCGGACUGUGAGGCAGGCCUCCUGAUCCAACUCGUGCUCAAACUCCGUCCGCAAGUCUUUAGUCCAGGAGACUACAUUUGCAAAAAGGGUGACAUUGGUCGUGAGAUGUACAUCAUAAAAGAUGGAAAACUAGCAGUUGUUGCUGAUGAUGGAGUCACACAGUUUGUAGUGCUGGGAAGUGGUAGCUAUUUUGGUGAAAUUAGCAUCCUUAAUAUUAAAGGCAGUAAAGCAGGCAACAGGCGGACUGCUAACAUUAGAAGCAUUGGCUACUCUGACCUCUUUUGUCUUUCCAAAGAUGACCUGAUGGAGUCACUGAUCGAAUAUCCAGAUGCCAAAGCCAUGCUAGAGGACAAAGGCCGGCAGAUCCUUUUGAAAGAUGGUCUCAUAGACUUGGACCCCGCCAACAUUAAGCCUGAAGCUAAGGAGCUGGAGGAGAAAGUCUCCAAACUGUACAGCACAAUGGAGCUGAUGCAGGUGAAGCUUAAGAAGAUUUUGGGAAAUUACAAACAUACGGGCAAAGCCCUGAGACGGAGGAUUACAGAUCUGGAGCGCCUGAGUGGAGAAGAGGUGGAAGAAGAAGAGGAGGAGGAAGAUGAAGGAAAAAAAGAGGCUAAAGAGAAAGAAGCAGAAAAAGAAACUGAUGAAAAGGUUCUGGAGGAAAAAGGAGAAAAAACAGAAGAGGAGAAAGAAGCUGAUGAAAAAGACAUGGAGGAAACAGAAGAGAAAACAGAAGAGAAAGGAGUUGGUGAAAAAGUUGAGGACGAAGGAGGAGAAAAAACAGAAGAAGACAAAAGUGAGGUAACAAAAACAGAUCAGGAUAAAGGGGGAGAAGGAAAAGCUGAUGAAGUAAAAGGUGGAGAAGCAAAAGAGGACAAGAAAGAAGAGUAAAAGAUAAAACAAACAUUUGGUGUCUGCAAGAGUAUUUUUGAAAGGAUCGCUGUCACUCAACCUGUCAGGCUUUCUGGCCAACUCAGAAGGGUUGAUCAGAAAAGACAAUUGCUAAAAUAUCAACUCAGACAUGUCCGUAAAACUAGUUAUUUUACAAAACUAUAUUUCGUCCAACUGUUCAGUUGGUUGUCAUUUGUUUUUCAAUUUCUAAAGACUUCAUGUACACUGAGUCUGGAAAGACCUUCUGCUAUUUAUAAGUGCUGUGAGUAUAAGUGUUGUUGGACCAGAAGAAUAUGAAUCAUGCCUCAACUGUUGCACGUAAGGAACACCCACCUGUGUUUGAUGGGAGUGAAACUGUAUUUUAAUGAGAUAAAAGGGCUGCAUUUGCAUUAAAUUAUUUGACAAACAUUUUAUCAAAAGCACUUUACGGCUUAGGAAAAACCACUUAAGUUCAGAGCCGACAAAAAUGUGUUGAAAGUCAAAAGUCAAAGUCAGUACCUGCAUAGAAAUCCGAGUGAAUUGAAGUUUAGGUAUGUUUAAAUGUUCCCUCAACAUAUUUCUGCUCUGAUGGCAACUGGUAGCUUUUCUCACCUAAAUAAAACCACAAGCAACAAAGAUCUGUGCUAAAAGUAUUGGGUGGGGACGUUCAGCACGGCAGUAGUAGUUGACAGUGUUAAGAGAAACACAACGUGAGACUGCUUUAUGAUAGCUGUGGGAAAUGAUGGCAGCUAAAGAGGACACAAAUGUCCAUUACUACUUCCAGUCUGGCAGCCACUGUCUCCCAGUUGACUGCAACAAGUGAUGCAAUAGGAUGUGUUCUUUUUUUAUGUCUAAAUGAAAACCACAUCUAACAGGUUUAAUUCUGCACCACCUCUAGCAUAAGAGCUUUCUUUGAGGAGUGAAGAUUUUUGAUUUCUCCACUUUUAAUUAGCCUUUUUGUCUCUAAUAAGAGUCAUUUAUUGUUUGAAAUAUGUUUCAAACAAUAACUGCAUAUCGCUGCAUGUUCCAGCAUGACAUUUGUCGGCUGAGACUCUGCUCAUGUAUGUGACACAUGGGUACACACAGAGCACGUUGAGAAAGCCAGAAGCAACUACUACCAUUCAGAUCAGCUGGAACAAAAAAAAAGAAGCUCAGGAAAUCAACACAGAAUAAUAUUUAAAAAAAAAAAGAUAUAAUUUAGCAGAUGCCUUAAGUUUAAGUAAACUAGUUCAAAAUGUCAUACUGAUGUUUUUAAAAGGCCUAAAUACAAAGGCUUACAGGAGAUAAGCAGUCUUAUUAAUUAAAUAGCAGAUAUAAUGGUGUAGGAUUUAGGUGAGCUUAGAUGACAGGGAACGUGGAACAGCUGUGGAGAAAGGCAAAACAGGAAGUAUGACAGAAGGUGAAAAAUAAGCACAGGUACUAUUAUCUGCUGUCGAGUAGUAUAGACCACAAUGCACAAAGAACAGACUACAAGAAAUAACUUAACAGGUUUCAUAGAGAAAUUAACUAAUAUGGGCAUAUUGUAAUGAAUAACAGGGAAUUAAUUGAAUAUGGCAACAGCAUGAAUGCAUAAUUAAAACCGAAUCCAAGAAUGAUUAAUGAUUAAUUUCGCUAACAAAUUAAUAUUGCUACAAAAAUUAUCCUCCCUCACCCAUCAAUAGGAAAUGAGACAAACACUGAAUAUCUGUGCUAGGUAGUAGUUUUCUUCCAAAUGGUUAAAAUGUGGCGGGUUUUUUUCCAGUCAAUUUAAGUCUAAUUGAUAUAUAUCAGCUCUAGGAUAUUUUCCAGAACAUACAGAUAUAAACAUUGCUAUUUUUACAUUUUCUCAAACAUUUUUGUCACAAUUCAUAAAUGCACCACAAGUGUACAUCAACACAUCUCCUGUGAAAUCAGUUAUUCAUAAGCUGUCCAGAAAACCUGCAGGAACAUGUGUCAUACAUCGAAGGUCCCUGCUCUCUGAUGCAUGUGCAAACAGGAAUCUGUUGACAACGUCUGCAUCUAAUUAUGUGAUUAUUAUCUGACACUCAUGUGAGAACUGUUGUCUGUUAUAAACACGGCUUGUACUGACAACCAGAGACUGUGCACAAAAUGCACCACAACACUAAAACUAAUAAAAAAAUAUUUAAAAUAACAAUUUUAUUUGAAACAUUCAGCAUCAGUCAUAUAGUUGAUUAUUUUUUCAAGUUAAAAAUGCUGACGAAUUGGAGUGAAAAGAGAAAAAAAUUGUGUUUACCCAGUGAUUAUUAUAGCAGCACUUUAUCUUUUCCCAAUGUGGUAAUAUUGAAUGUGAACAUUUUCCAUAUCAGGUAGGCGGAUCCUUCCUCCAGCAUAAUAAUUUCAAAAACUGCUUAAAAUCUUAGACAAUAUGAAAACCCACCAGCACUUUAUUUUCUGAAGAAGCUUGAACUGAACUUAAACUGAGCAUCACAAUGGGGAAAAAUGGGAUCCAGGUGAGUUUAAGUGAAGCAUGAUUGUUGGUGAGUGAAUUGUCAAAUUCAGUGAUUUACAAUGAUUUUUUGUUUUUUUUAAUGAUCCUUGCAGUUACAAAGAAGGAUCUGAAAAGAGGUCCAACCAGCAAAGUAUACCAACCAAUGUGAUUGAUGAAUGUAAUAUUUUGUAAAUGUCACUUUUCUUUUUACUUUUAAUUUAACCAAAUUACUCUAGUUCAUUGUGUGAGCUACUUCGUGCAUGCAUGUAUGUUUAUGUAUGUUAAUGUCCAACUCCUUUAAAUCUUCUCAUCUAAGGUUUAAUAAAAAGCU